CCAUAUAAUUAUUAUUCACUCUCUAUUCCAUGUCAAAAAGUUUGCAUCUUUUUCUUCUCUUUCUUUCUGUUUUUUUCUCCACAAAGUUUCUGAACUAAAGCUGAAAAUUUAACCAAUUUUGCAGUACAUAGAUUCUCUUUCCUUUUUCAUCUCAGAAGUGAUUAAAAUAAGCACUUAUGCUGCUCAGAAACAGAUCAAGAGUUGUAACCAAACAAACUCUGAUGGGUGAACAAUCAUCACCAAGUCAGAACUUCACUACUACAAUCCCAUCUCUGUUUGGUUCAUCAAACUAUAGAGACUUUCAUUUCACUUCCAAAAAAGCUGAAUCUUUGAUAAGUCCAACAUCGAUUCUUGACACAAAAGCUUUAACUCAGUUUGAGAAUCCUUUCUCAAGGGUUGAUCAGUACAAAGGUUGUAGCUCAAGGGACAAAGUAGAUUUGAACAUCAUAGGACUUGGUCUUGUUGGUGUUCUAAAAGAUGAACCACCUUUUCAACAAACUUCUGAGAAACUAAGGAAAAAAGUUGUGUUUGGAACUGAUAAGCUUAGAGUGAAAAUCCCUCCUCUACCAACUUCCACGUUUGAGUCAAAAAGUGAUUAUGGUUGCAAAAUGAAUGAUUCAGAAAAGGGUGUUCUUAGUUUGAGUGAAAUGGAGGUUUAUGAAGAAUACACAUGUGUGAUAUCUCAUGGAGCAAAUCCAAAAACAACACAUAUAUUUGAUAAUUGUGUUGUGGGAAGUUACUCUUCUGUGCCUAAUAGUCCUCACUCUUUUUCACUCAAUUUUCUUAGCUUUUGUUACACUUGCAAAACUCAUCUUCAGCAUACAAAAGACAUCUUCAUUUACAGAGGAGAAAAAGCAUUUUGUAGUCAAGAAUGUCGAAACCAAGAGAUGAUGUUAGAUGAAGAAGAAAAUUAAGAAUUUGAUGAUAAAAAUGUACUUUUUUUUUAAGUUCUAUUUGUGUGAUUUUUCCUUGCUGUAUCCUGCAAAUAGAGAUAAAAGAGGAUGUAUUGUUGUAGAGUUCAUAUCAAGAAAUGAGUAGUAUUACUAUUGAAUAGAUUGCUUUUGAUUAUGUUGAUGAUGAUGAUGAUGAUGAUAAUGAUAUGAUUGAAAAUAGUGCCUUUAUUUUCUUUCUUA